AUCAUGGUGGCUCAGCCAGUGAACGCCAGCCUGGCGGCAGGUGGGGCAUUGCCUCCUCCCCUGAGUGCCCUCUUCCCCUUCAAUGGCAACAGCAGCCUCAGCCAGGGGCUGGUGCUGCCCACCUUCUCCCUUGCAGCUGGAAUCCGCGUGGCACUGACUUUGGCCCUGUGUGUGGUGGCCACAGCCUGCAAUGUGACAGUGCUGUGGGCCGGCUUGGUGGGGGGCCGGUCCCGCCGCUCUCACCCCCGGGUGCUGCUGCUUCACCUGGCGGUGGCCGACCUGCUGGUGGCAUUGGUGGUGAUGCCGCUGGAUGCGGCCUGGAAUGUGACCCUGGAGUGGCGGGCCGGGGAUGGGGCCUGCCGCCUACUCAUGUUCCUCAAGCUGUUGGCAAUGUAUGCCUCGGCCUUCCUGACUGCCCUCAUUAGCCUGGACCGGCAAGCAGCCAUCCUGCACCCACUGGAUGUCUCCAAAGGAUGGUGCAGGAACCGGGUCUUGCUGCAGGCCGCCUGGAUGCUGAGCGCAGGGCUCUCCAUUCCACAGCUCUUCCUCUUCCACACGGUCACCAUCCCUUUGGCACAGAACUUCACGCAGUGCUCCACGCAGGGUUCCUUUGCCCGGCACUGGCAUGAGGUGGCCUACAACCUUUUCAGCUUCCUCUGCCUCUUCCUGCUACCACUCCUGGUCAUGGUGGCCUCCUGCUCCCGCAUCCUGAGGCAGAUCUCCUGUGCUGGAGGCCGUGAGUCCCUUUCCUCUUCCCUCCGCCGGUCACGCGACCCCCUCCCCCGGGCACGGUUACGCAUGCUGGGCCUGACUGUGGCCAUCGUGGGCUCCUUUCUGCUCUGCUGGACGCCCUACUACCUGCUGGGUCUCUGGUACUGGUUCUGGCCGGUGGCCAUGGAGGAGGCCAUCUCCCCCUCGCUGGCCCACCUCCUCUUUGUCUUCGGCUUCUUCAAUGCCUGCCUGGACCCCAUCAUUUAUGGCCUCUUUGCCGGGGGAUUCUCCUGCCGCAGGGCGCGGCCCCCUUCUCUGACCAUUGGCUCCUCGGCCUCCUCCCUUCGUCUCAGGCAUGGGCCAACUCUGCUUCCAGGUAUGGACACUGCUCCAGAGGCAAAUGCUUCUGGUGUUAUCGAGCCACGGUAA